UGUUACUCUCUUAUACCUACUGACAGGAGUAGUUCAGCUCCCCUAGUGGCAUAAAUGUUUUGUUUGUGAACCGGAGUAGAGAAUGAAGAUACGCAAACGCUUUCUGCCACGAACUGUUCAGGAUGGUGUUGCGACGACGUUCAUGGCAGCAAUCAUUCCAAUAACAUUUUGGUUCGAAGUAUAUGUAGUAAUACCGGGUGUUCAUGGGGUGGAUUCAAUAUACAAUUGGAUCCAUCUGGGACCUGCUUUGUUUCUGCUGUUUAACAUUAGCCUAAACAUGCUAGCUACCAUCAUGUGUGACACCAGCUGUGGUUCAGAGAUCGUGCAAGUUCCGGAAAAUGUAAAAGUUUCGUCUGGACUAGGAUCUAAGAGUUGGCAUUUGUGUUCGACGUGUGAGGCAGUAGCGCCUCCCAGAGCGUGGCAUUGCAACACGUGUGGAAUUUGUGUACUUAAACGGGAUCACCACUGCGUUUUCACGGGCUGUUGCAUCGGUCACAGAAACCACAGAUACUUUAUACUGUUUGUGCUGCACCUUUUUAUAGCAACCCUUUACGGAAGUAUUCUCAACAACUAUUUUAUUUGGUUUGUGCGAGGGGAAGAGUUUCGCAAUUGGACAUCGGUGAUGAAGAUCGUAUUCCCUCUAGCGAUGCUAAUGAUCGACAUUUCCACGAAACAGUAUUAUCUAGUCAUUUAUCUAAUCAAUAUGGUCGGCAUGUGUUUCACAGGAGUUCUGCUAAUCUAUCACGGAAAGAAAAUGCUGAGCGGUACAGUCGUACACGAGUCUAAUUCAAAAGAUUACGACUUGGGUCGACUGGAAAAUGUGCGGAUGGUGCUAGGAAAACGGUGGCACUUAACGUGGCUUUCGCCAUUUUUAGAAAGCGAGUUACCCCAUAAUGGGAUAAACUGGGAUUGUGUUCAAAAGGAAGCUAGGAAAGCCAAAUAAUGUAUACACUUGCUUUUAUACUUUUUACUAUCAAUAAAAUGCCAUCUACACGAUUUUA